AUGGAGUGUAGGAAGUUCCAGAUUGCCAUUCUUUCAGCUCAAGGUCUUGAGAACGUCCGAGAAAUAUUCAGAAUGAAAGUCUACGCCCAGCUUUCAAUCCCCGGCAAUCCCCAAAUAAAGAGAGAAACCCCAGUGGACACAGAGGGGGAGACCAACCCCGCAUGGAACUCCACCAUUAGAUUCACAAUAGGCAAUCAGGCAGUCGAACACCAAGGCGUCGUGUUCGUCAUCAAGCUAUACUGCAGCCGGGCCCUAGGAGACCGGUACAUCGGUGAGGUGAGCCUAUCUUUCAAGGACCUGUUUGAUGGUGCCGCACCCACCAGCCAAGGCCGCAGCAGCGGUAUUUGGGUUAAGAAACCAUCCCGUUUCUUGCCCAGAAAUUUGGCAGCUGCAGGUUUCUUUAUUAUGAAAGUGGUUUUAGAGGCUACCUUAGAGCAAGCAUCGAUCUCGACAUUCCAUUCUUUGGAGAAGAUGUUCCGAUAUGUUAACGAGCAUGAUAAGUAUAUUGAGCUCAAAUCUUGA